AUAAAUUGGUUCAGAGUAUUUUGUGGGAGUUGCAGGUGAUUAUUUGUGGAAAUAAUUGACAAUUGACAGAGUUAAUGAAUUGUUUGAGAGUGCUGUCACUGCCACGUAAUGUUGAGACGUCCUAACCUCAAAAUAAAGUAUGCGGUUUCGGUUUUUUGGUGUUUGUUUGGACAUUAGGAGGAAUUUUAAUGAGCAAAUAAGGGGUUUCUGUGAGAAAUUGGUGGCCAGUGAGGGGAAGGGUGGGAACGUUAUGAAGGUUUUAAAUGUCGCAGAGAAAAACGAUGCCGCGAAGAAUAUCGCUGGGUUGUUGUCCAGGGGAGUGUCGAGACGGAGAGAAGGGCUAUCGAAAUACAACAAGAUCUACGAAUUUGAGACUAAUUUAUGGAACCAAAACUGCACGAUGGUGAUGACCUCAGUCUCGGGUCAUUUACUGAAUUACGAUUUCGUGGGAGCUUAUAGGAAAUGGCAGGGAUGCCACCCCCUCUCGCUCUUCGACGCGCCUGUCGCGAAACAGUGCUUGGAAGAUUACCAGAAGAUCAAGAAGACGAUUGAAAGGGAGGUGAGGCCCUGCGGGGCUCUCAUUAUCUGGACUGAUUGCGAUAGAGAGGGGGAGAACAUUGGUUAUGAGAUUAUUCAAGUCUGCCAGGCUAUUAAACCAAACAUCAGAAUUUACAGGGCGACGUUCUCCGAGAUAACAGCAACAUCGAUAAGACGAGCAAUCCAAAACUUGGGAGAGCCAAACAAGCAAGUAAGCGAUGCAGUGGACGUCCGUUCAGAGCUAGAUCUUCGAAUAGGUGCAGCCUUCACUCGUUUCCAAACCCUUCGUUUACAAAAGGUCUUUCCAAAUACUCUAGCCGACAUGCUCAUAAGCUACGGGAGCUGUCAAUUUCCCACCCUGGGUUUUGUUGUCGAAAGAUUCCUGGCCAUUGAGCGCUUUAAAUCCGAGCCGUACUGGAAGCUCAAGGUCAGCGAUGACCACGACAACAUAAACGUGGAAUUUCGUUGGGCAAGACAUAGAUUAUUUGAGAAGACUCCUUGCCAGGUAUUCCUGGACAUUUGUCUGGAGAAUCCUGACGCAACAGUCGACAAAAUCAUGACUAAACCCAAGAGCAAGUGGCGCCCAGUGCCCUUGGAUACGGUAGAGCUAGAGAAACAAGGGUCCCGAAAACUCCGGCUGAAUGCUAAGGAGACUAUGAGAAUAGCAGAGAGACUGUACACACAGGGAUUUAUCAGCUAUCCCAGAACUGAAACCAAUAUAUUUCCUCAGGGCUUGAAUCUUCAGCCUCUCGUGGAACAGCAAGCUAAUCAUCCUGAGUGGGGGGAAUUUGCACAACGAGUUCUUAAUGACGGAAUUACACCAAGACAGGGCAAGAAGAGCGACCAGGCUCAUCCUCCCAUUCAUCCAACGAAAUUCACGGACACGCUUCAAGGAAAUGAGGCGAGAGUCUAUGAGUUUGUGGUGAGGCAUUUUCUCGCCUGUAUUUCGAAGAAUGCCGAGGGCUUCGAAACAACUGUGGAGAUUAAUAUUGCUGGGGAGAAAUUCACGACGAGUGGACUUCAGAUCACUGCGAAGAAUUAUCUGGAUGUUUAUAUCUAUGAGAAGUGGAAUGCUAAGGAGAUUCAUCUGUAUCAAGAACGGCAGGUCUUCAGACCAACGGAUAUAUUAAUGGUCGAGGAGAAGACCUCUCCUCCGAACCUCCUAACAGAAGCCGAUCUGAUCGCGUUGAUGGACAAGCACGGCAUUGGCACUGAUGCAACCCACGCCGAUCACAUCGACACGAUAAAAUCCCGUCAGUACGUGGGUAUACGGGACAAUCAGUACCUGAUCCCCGGAAAAUUGGGAAUUGGACUGGUGAUGGGUUACGAUAACAUGGGUUUCCAGAUGUCAAAGCCCAAUCUCCGAGCUGAGCUCGAGAAUGACUUGAAACUCAUUUGCGAUGGUCAGAAGACCCCACAGGAGGUUUUGCAGAUACAAAUAGACAAGUACAGAGAGGUGUUCAGAAUUGCACUUGGCCGUGCCAAUUUAAUUGACACAGCCUUGUCGGAGUACUUAGAUGAGAGACCAACUGAUGCUCCUGAGCUAGACAUGACAGAGCCACCUGAAGAGGUGGUCAUAUUCAAAUGUCCCAAGUGUAGCAGCAAUAUGACGUUGAAGGACAAACGAACUGGAGGUGGCAAGUACAUUGGGUGCAUGGGAUUUCCAGGCUGUACCAAUGCCAUUUGGUUCCCUGAAACAGUGACUGGGGUUGAGGUUCUUCCAGACUCGUGCAACAGGUGUCAGGGUUUCAGAAAAUUGAGGGUAAUGAUUCGACCUGGGACUGUUCCAUUAUUGGGGUCUCAGGUGGAUACCUGUGUUGGGGGGUGUGAUCAAAUGUUUAAUGAGAUCAUGGGGAUUCGGGAGACAACCAUCAAGAGGGGAGCUGGCCUUCCAGACAGUGGAUAUGGGAGCAAUCAGAACACGCAGAGAUCUCAGAGAUCUACAUUAGGUUCUGUUGGUGCCCAGAGCAGACCCAUCGGAGGUGUUCCUCCAGGCCCAUCAACCCAGAGCACAGGUCCAAGACCACCACCUGCACCUCCCCGUCCACCAAACCCAGGACCCCGGGGACCGCCUGGCAACACCAGAAACUCCAAACGCAGCAGUGAUAGUCGAUCCGACCCCCCAGGUUCCAAAAAACCCAGAGUGGCGCCUUCCGCACCAACUAGUAUCUCUCAACCUCCCCAAAAUGGUGUUCACGCCUUCAUGUGCGAUUGUCGUCAGCCAGCUAUCCCGUUGACCGUUAGAAAAGAGGGUCCCAACCAGGGUAGAAUGUUUUAUAAAUGUAGUAAGCCUAAGGACACGGGUUGUAACUUCUUCCUCUGGGCUGACGAUGCAAAUCAUGGAGAACAUCAACCCCCAUCCCCUAUAAGAAAUCAGCCGACCAGAUUCGGUAAUGAUCCUCCUCCUCGAGAUGGUCAUAGCAAUCAUAAUCAAGGGAAUGAUAAUGCCCCGCAGUGUCAGUGUGGAGAGCCAGCUCGGAAAUUAACUGUUAGGAAGGAGGGGCCUAAUCAAGGAAGACAAUUUUGGGGCUGUCCGAAAGGGAUGGGUAGCACUUGUAACUUUUUCAUUUGGGCGGAUGGAGAUGGAGAGAAUCGUCCUGGUGGUGGUGGUGGUGGCGGUGGCGGUGGCGGCAGUGGUGGUGGUGGUGGCGGUGGCAGCAGAGGUGGCAGAGGGGGUAGGGGUGGAGGAAGAGGCGGCCGAGGAGGAGCAGGCGGAACUAGGGCUAAAAGAAAAUGUGGGGUGUGUGGGGUGGAGGGUCACACCAAGAGAACCUGCCCUCAAAAUAAAUAAAAUGGCUAGUCUAUAUUCUCUUAGGUCUACGUUGAACUGUGUUCAGGAGAUUUAUUAUUUACACAAAGAGUAAUGCUACAAUAUUUGUAUGAAUCCAGUGCCUUAAUCUGUGAGAAUUGUGAUAAUUAUUUAGGAGACAUUGACGACGGAGCUGAGGAUCUUGAGUUGUGGCCCUCGAAGGGUACUUUGACUAUGUAAAUAUGAUUAUAUUGAAUUUGAAAUGGGGAGGGUUAGAAAGAUCAGCUGGGAUCUGGUUAUUUUACAAGUGUUAACAAAUCGAUUUCAAAUCUGGAGGAAUUUCUUCUGAUUGAGAGUAGAUCAAUUAUUAUUUUCAAUAAAUUAAUUUGUUCUUUUGGCUA